AAACUAUUUCAUCGCAAAAUCUUUUCCUUACAAAUGCGACCAUAACCCUAUUGGAUAACCUAGAAGAUCGGGAGCAUUUUUAGAGUCCAACCGCGAGGACCGGCGACCACACCCACCGGCCGGUGCACAAUCGGGGAAGCCGCUGCACGGUCUUGUUUGAAUGGCAUUCGGCUGUAGAUAAGGCUGACCUGAAUCCGUCGCCUGCCCAAAGCUUCCGGCCUGUUCUCCCCUGCUUGUCCACUUGAACGAUCUUUCCAGCAAUUGAAUCUCAUUUCAAGGCGCUCGUUGGUCGUCACUUCAAAACGGAAGAUCGGAUUUUUUUUAUUUCGCGCGCUAAAUUUGCCGGGUUCUUCUUUCCCCCUCGGAACAGUAAAUUCAACGGUGAAAGUUCCUUCCCCUCCUUUUUGCCUUGGUGCAUCAUGUCGUGACUCUAAGCAAAUACAUGAAUAUGACUGGAUAUUGUUUUUAGCUUGGAGACUUCUGAAUGGAGAGCUCUUCCCAAGAAAGUGUCCCAGCAGCAAAAGCAGUAUUAUUGGGUGCUCUGGCUUCUGGUGUCAAUGCUUCCACUUGGUCUGUCAUUAAGAUGGUGUUUUUGUCGCUGGGUCUGUGCUUUGCCGCAAUGCUGUUUAUAGCAUUUGCAUCAGAUGAACCAACUCUCAUUUUGCAUGUUCUGAUACUUGUUUCCUUGGGUGCGCUCCUAUUCCUCCUCCUCAGUUGGUUUCUUUCACAGACAGGCCUAGUUUCUGUCGACCAGCAGAUGGCAGAGUUGGGAAUUACAGAAAAUCAGCAAACUGGUUCAAUAAAAGAUGAAUAAAACAUACAUUUUAUUUCAACUUCCCAUUAAGGAGUUGUUCGGCAGCCAUCCCAUUUCACAUCAGAAGAUACACUGUUUUGAUUACAACAGGAGUCUCAGCCCAACACUGAGAACUUGCCAUUACACAUGGAAUAAGCUGGAAGGAAAGGUAGUAUUUACCCAUUUAUUUGUCUUUGCUCCAACUCAUCCUUCCUUUUCGUGCUUCUCCUUCGGUUUGCUCUUCUUGGCCUUCAUGAAGCAGAAGCAUGAGCAGCAAGGGAAUUGAAAGAGAAGCUUCAUCUCCCCCUGGUUGUCACAACAGAACACAAUUUUUGCCCAUAUGGUUUUGUUUUCCGAUUUCAUUAAGGCCUCCCUUAUCCUGCCAGUUAGAUUCCAUUACUGACAUUAGGUGAAAACCUGAUGGAUGGCCACUUUACUUUGUCUUGGCAAGGAAGACAAGAAUAAUGACAAUGUGACGUGACGUAUGGUGGGCCAGCUCUUCCAAUGAGAAGAAGAGGCAUGUGGACUCUUUUGUCUGCAGUGAAACUAAAGAUAUCUACGGUUUACUACUGCGUGGUUUCUUUGAACAAGUCUUUUUUGUAGUAAUGGUGGCUAAUAUGAGUGCCCAAACACAUACAUGCUUAAUAUCUGGAAAACCCAAAGUCCAGAAAUGGGCGCAGAACAUGUUAGUUCAAAAGGAAGAUCAGGUAACUGUUGUCGGAACUGGCGAAUUUGUCACAAUUGGUUUAUUCUUUUUACUUACCAUAUUUUCCUUUGCUAUUGUAUUAUUGAGAAUUAAAUGAACUUAGACUAUACAUGAACCUUACAAAACAAGUUGUCAUUUGCA